AUUACAUACAUAUGUACUAUAAAAAAUAAAAAUAUUAAAAUUUGUUAAAAUUCAAAAGUUUGGUAAUAACAAAAGUAAGAAACAAUAGUGUAGCGAAAUUACUGCUUUACAAUGAGCAUUUUGUGGAAACAUUUUACUGAUGAAGGUUCUGAAAAAGUUAGAUGCAAAUAUUGCAACAUUAUAGUUUCAUAUAAAAAGGGAAAUAGAUCUAUUAUGAGAAAACAUCUGGAGCGAAAACAUCCAGAAACUUUAGGAAUAACAACUAAAGCCAUGACUGAAGAAUCGUUUAUAGGAAAGAGUGAACAAACGAUUGCUUGUGCAGAAAUCCAUCCAAUUUUUCAUAUUGAACGCAAUAUUAAAUAUUUCAUUCAAAUGGUAUAUGAAAGACCUACUUUAUACGAAUAUUCUAGAUUAAUUGGAUGGAAUAGCAAACAAAAUAAAAGCAUUUGGCAAGAACUUGCUGAUACUUUCCAAGUGGAUGUUGCUGAGUGUCAAAAAUUCUGGAAAUAUUUAAGAGAAACUUAUGAUCUACACAGCAGGAACCCAAAACUAGACGAUCAUAAAUAUGCAAAUGAGCUUUCGUUUCUGGGGGAAAUGUAUAAAAAACGCCGUCAAAGAAAAGAAGAUUUGGCAAGACAAAGAAAGUUACAGAAAACGGUUGAAAAUAUCAGCAAAUCACCCCUAGAAAAUAGUUUUAUUACUAAAACUAAAGAAGAACUAGUAAAAAAACCACAAAGUAUUGAAAUUUUAGGACUUAGAGAGAACGAAUCCAUAACAAAAUAUGAAAUAUAUGAAGACUGUUCCGGUAAUUAUGAUGUAGACUAUAUUGAGAAUAACACAGCCCAAUUUACUGUUGGAGAUGUAAAUAGUUUCAUUAUGAAAGAUGUUAAAGCUGAAGAUAUUGUGAUUUUUGAUGACAACUCGUCCUUAACUGAAUCCCCAAAUAUAAUUAGUUUAGUUAAUAAUUUCACUCAAACUGAACUUUCUGGACCAGUUAUUCCAACUAACCAAUCUAAAGAUGAUAUUCAAGCAGAAGAAAAUCCAGCAGAAUGUAUACCCUCAACGAGAUGUAAAAAAUGUUCUAACGAAUUUGAUGAACUAGAUUUAUUAAUGGAAUUCAUCAAACGAAAAAUUAGGAAAUUUCCCAUGAAAGAUAUGAACAAAUUGCAAAUAAAAAUUCUUAAAACUGUUAUGGAUGCAGAAAAAGACAUUAAACUAUCUAAAAACGAGUUAUGAAGUUAUUAAUUCUACAAAAAUUAAAAAAUAUUGGUAAUAUAAAUAAAUUUUCCAUUUUUAAUUAAAUAA